CGCCGUCCAUGGCGGAACCGGACAAUAUUAGUUUAUUUACAUUUUGUGCUAGUUCUACCUCUUUUCUAGCAGUUCUGAUAUGUCAGCUGCUACCUGAAUUUAGCAAUAGUUUAUACUUAAGCUUCUUGGUGUUUCCAGUAUGGUGUGGACUGUCAUACGUCCUUGUCAAAUAUAUCUUCCGUGACGACCCUAGUUACCAGAAUGCCUUACGAGCCGGGUUUCUAGGCUGUGCCUUUAGCCUUGGAUUGAUAAUAAGUUUUUUGAUGCCGACAAUCAGUCAUUUUGGCUGGUAUUUGACUGCGUUAAGCUUUUUCCACUGGUCAGAAUACUACACGACAGCGGUGACAAAUCCAAAGUCAUUGAGUCUGGAAUCCUACCUGUUAGAUCAUAGCAAAGAGUACAAGUUGGCAGCCAUGGCCAGCUGGUUAGAGUUCAGUAUUGAAUGGCUGUUAUUUCCAGGUCUCAAGCAUCACAAUUACAUCAGCCGUGUGGGACUGUUCCUAGUCAUCAUAGGGGAGGUUGUCCGCAAACUCAGCAUGAUAACUGCAUCCACCAACUUCAACCAUUACGUCCAGUAUCAGAAACAGAAGGAUCAUCAACUGGUCACUAGUGGCAUUUACUCGCUGUGUAGACAUCCAUCCUAUGUGGGCUGGUUCACUUGGAGUAUUGGUACUCAGAUAAUUUUAUGCAACCCAUUGUGCCUUGUGGGAUAUACAGCAGUUUCAUGGAAAUUUUUCAAGCAGCGCAUAUAUGAAGAGGAAAUAUAUCUUCUCAAUUUCUUCGGGGAAGACUAUGUUGAAUACAAGAAGAAAGUCGGGACUGGAUUGCCCUUUAUUAAAGGAUUUGAUGGAACUUUCUAGUGAAACAGUUUCAUCGGGGAAGAUUAUUUGGAAUACAUGAACGAUAUUAUUGAGAUUGGGAUGCCUGGUAUGAAAGGCUUUGAUAGAACCUUCCAGUUAAACAUUUUCUGAGAUAUAAACUUUAAUAGCAAGCUGUGAUCUAUUAUAGUUUGAAGGCAGUGAAUAUGCAAUUAGAUGAUUUUUCAUGGACUUCAUCAUUUUUUGGGUGAGAUCAAAUGAAAACUUUCGGACUUUAUUAAAACUUUCUGAGACAAACUUCUGACAUGUAAUAAUAUGUUGAUGUCUUUCAAAAACGCAUGAUCACAGAAUUUCAUAUGUUUUUCAUUUGUGUAAAUUAACGAAACAUGAUCGAAAACAGAAUUUUAUUCCCUAAAAGUAAAUUUGGUUAGCGUUUAGUUUAAGCUGCUGUAUGAUGUGAUAUGUGCAUGUUUUGACGUGUAUAAAUGCUAGAAAAUCGGUGUACAUGUCCGAUAUCCAUGUAGCACUUAAUGUACCAUAUACAUUGCACCGUAUACAUGUAUCACUGUCACGUUUUAUUUUGAGAGAUUCUGCGUGUUAUUUGAAAUAGGUGUCAUUGUCAAAUUAAGGGGACUUUCACAGGGUUCAUGUUGACUAUGAUUUUUCUAUAAAUUGCUCAGAUUGAAUUAUGUUAUUUUCUUUCUUAAAGUGACACUCUUAUUCAAAAUAGAUACAUACACAUGUGUACCAAACAUACAUUUUGACUGAUAAACCUUGCACUAGAUACUAAUAAUUGCAUUUAUGGAAAAUAUUAACUACUGAUAAGAUUGUAACCAUGUACUUGAUAGCAGAAAGCGCAAAAAUAUUAAAUGAUUGGUGAAUGCUAAAAGAUUUACUGUGAUUCACUACAGUUUCAUAAGGUAGAAAUACAAUGUUUUAUGCUCGUUUCAUUCAAAUUAAACUCGAUAUCCUUCAUAAGAACCAUUGUUUUCGACAUUUAUUCAUCUUUUUGGGAAUAUUAAAACAAUAGUAUUAAUUGUGUCUAAUCUUAUUUGGGAGUAAGAGUGCAUCUUUAAUGAAAGACCAGACAGUGAGUGGAAGAUAUGUAUUUGAUAAGAAUAUUGUAGAUCCAAGUCUGAAAGACGAUAGUUGUCAAUAGCAUUUCCACGAACAUCUUUUUUAUACUUUAUAAUACCAUAUUUUUGUAACCAAAUAGAGAAAAUUCUCUCACAUAGAUAAAUAAUUGUUAAUAGUUUUAAUUUGAGCUUAUGGCGAUGUUUUUUCAUUGUGACAAGCAAUUUGUUUACCUCUCACACAAAAUGGGCCAACUGUUUAGAAAUUUGCUAAAGUUAACACGUCGUUGCUAUUUUUUAAAGGAUAACUGUAUGAUGAUGUGUUAACAUAUUUAAUGUAAAAAAGUACAGCUGAAACAUUUGUCAAAUAUUGUUAGAAAUACAGCAGUUCAAAAGUGGAUCCAUUUCACUUCCAGAGCAGUAACAAUCUAAACGUUAACAACGAUAUUGUUAACAACGUUGUUAACUUUAUCAAAGACUAUGUUCUAAACAAUCUGCUCAGUAAGUGUUUUUUGGUGAACAAGUCUCUUUAUUUGAAGUUUAAUGUAUAAGGAAUGUUAAGUUGCCUGAUAUGGUAUUUAGUAUGAGACAAAUAUAAUCAUUUGUACGAUUGUAUUAAUUACAUGAACAAGUAGUGAAGUACAUGUGCAUGGUUAUAAUAAGUUUUGCGCUGGAAAAUUGUUUUGUAUAGAUUUCAUUGCCUUUGGAUUUGCAUGUAAAUUCUUAUGUACAAAGUAUAAUUAUGCAAAGCUUUAUAUAUGCACUGAAAGUUGCUUUCAGAUCAGGGCUAUUUGCUCAUGAAGUUUAAAGAACUUUAUGGGUCUUUUCCGAAAUUGUAAUAAGCUGUGAAAUAAAACAUGUAAAUAAGUUA